AUGUCUAAGGUUGACAACGACGACAACGACGACGACAAGCGUAGAUUGCAGCUACCGGUAGGCAGUUCAGAGCAUUGUGAACAUGCUGCCAGUGCUGCUGAUGCUGCCAGUGCUGCUGAUGCUCCAGGCGGCUUUGAUAUUAUGAAGAUUGUCAGAGAAAGAGCUGCUGCUGCACGUCUUGCAAUUGAGACUGCCAAAAAUGGUAACAGUAUCUGGUACACAACAUCACGGGAAAGCGGUGUUACAAGACAACAACAACAGAGGAUGAUACCUGGCGCUUAUGCCGUUGAAGGUCCAUUUCUUACAAGUGCUAAUCUCAGUGUCAGUGAGCCUUCUAAUCAUUCAAAUAGCAGUACCGGUACUGCAGAUGGUACUGGUACCGGUACUGUUGCAGGUACAAGUGACCAAGACCAUUCCCAGUGGGUUGAAGGGACUGAAGAUGAAGUCAUUGCACAUCCUAUUUAUGGUGAUCAGCAGACGGCGACAUGCCUCUUACCCAAUGCAGUGUUACUACAUGUACCAACCAACCAGAGAUCAAGGGAGUACUGGAGGAAAAAGCUGCUUUGUUCGCUUUCUGUUCAAACCAUUGUGGCUUCCCUUGUUGUAUCGUUUGCCCUCAUUUUGGUGCUGUCAUGCAAGCAAGGAAACAGAAAUCAGCUACCAGUACCAAAUCUACCAAAUCAAGAUCUAUAUGGAUCCAUUCAGAUUCCUGCAAAUCCUGCAAAUGUGGAAGCCCCAACAGCACAGACCUUUUUGGAGUCACUCAAUUUACCAAACUACACUCAAAAGGCAAUGGAAAACUCCAGAUCUCCUCAGUCCAACGCCUAUCAAUGGUUGGUCAACAGCUUGAACAUCAAUACUAACCAGACCAUCACUCAACCAGCAUCAGGUCUACCAAAAUGGAGACUGAUACAAAUGUUUGCUAUGGCCACAUUCUACUAUUCCACAAAAGGGGACUCUUGGGUGAACCAUCGUGACUGGCUGGAUAAGGAGACAAAUGAAUGCAGCUGGGAACAAAUAGUUUUGAAUCGCACAUUUUCUCCAAACCUGUCCUGUAAUGAGAUGGGAAAAAUCAAGGCACUGGCAUUCCAAAAAGCCAAUAACAUGGAAGGAACAAUUCCUCCAGAGAUUUCCUUGCUUGGGAACAGCUUGCAGUCUUUCACCUUGAACCGGCAAGUUCAACUCCAAGGGAUCAUCCCAACCGAAGUUGGGCUACUUACCAAAUUGACUGAGUUGAUGUUGAGUAUAACAAAUAUUGCUGGCACAAUUCCAACCCAGCUGGGUCUGCUGCAAAGUCUUGGCAGUCUCCAAAUUGCUAAAUGCCACCUUUCUGGGCGCAUACCUUCAGAGAUUGGCAAUUUGGGCAGUCUUUCUACAUUGGUGCUGUUAAUGUCAGAUCUAACCGGUUCAGUGCCUAGAGAACUAUUCCAAUUGCCUGGACUAGAAAAGUUGAUAAUUGAUCAAUGUCAUGGCUUGAACAACGAAUACAUCCUUCAAGAAACCAGCUGGAACAUGCCGCAGAUGAAGUUUCUGGCACUGUCAAGCCGGACUUUGGGAAUUCCGAUAUCAAUUCCAUCUGAAAUUGGUACUAUGACUGAACUGGUAUUCCUACGGUUGGUGGACUGGAAUCUUCACAGCACUAUACCAAACCAUCUUGGAAAAUUGGAGAAAUUGGAAAUGCUGUUCUUGGAGGGGAACGCUGUGUCUGGAACUCUGCCACCAACCUUAUCCAAGUUGACCGAUCUGGUCCAUUUAGAUCUGAGCUCCAACCAAUUGGAAGGAACACUGCCUCCCGAUCUCUUUUCCAAACUCACAAAGUUGCAGGUCCUUCGCAUCAACGGUAACCAUUUCUCAGGUUCAAUCCCAACAGAAAUAGGCAAACUGUCUGAACUCAGGAAACUGGAAUUACACAAUACCCAUGUUUCUGGCACUCUUCCUACUGAGCUACUUCUAUUGAAGAAGUUGACCAGCUUGGUAGUCACAAACACAUCCUUGUUGGGCAGCAUCCCUGAAAACCUGUGCGACAACAUGUACCAGAAGAAAAUGAAAUGCUAUGGCCCACAGCAAUGCAAAAAUUUGUCUGUGAAAACCAACACAACAGCUUGCCAUGGAACUUCUUUGUGUGGGUGUGAUUGUGGUCCUUGCCCAACUAACUAG